AUGCUUUCAACUUUUAAAACUCUGCCUUCAGUACAAAAAGUUGUUCAGGGAAUAAAAAUACCAUUUGUUGUUUCAGUUGAGCCUCUAGAUGAUUCAGCAAAAAUUAUUGAUGAUCCAAACGCAAAAAUUCCGCAUUGUUCAAGAUGCCGAUCUUAUUUAAGCGCAGUUUGCGCUGUGUCACCCGAAGCUUGGUGCUGCAGUGUAUGUUCUCAAAUAAUGCAUCUUAAAAAUCCAGUUCCUGAGGAGUAUCAUUCUUCAAAAGUCUUAGAAAUCGUUGAAAUCUCAGAAUGUCAACCACUUUCGCAUUCCAUCAUCGCAUUUGCUCCUGUCAAAGAAAUUAUCAGAGAUUAUUUAAAGGUUCUACCUAAAAAUGCUCCAUUAAGUGUAAUAACGUAUACUGACCGACUUAAUAUAAUACCUAUAUCAACUGUUUACGAAAUCCUUAGCGAAUUUGAUACCAUUCCAUUCCCAACUGAGAUAAUUCCUUUUGAAGUUGCUAUUCCAAAUUUGAUUAUCGCCUUAGGAAAGGUUCGUGAUCCUGUUUGGCACAGAGUUUUUAUAUCAUCUCCACCACCAGACGCAGUUCAAUCCCCUCUUCUCAAAGUUCUUAAAGAUUUAUAUACCAUCCUUGCCAGAGUUGACUUCUACUUCUUAGGUACAUCAUAUUCAUUACUUUUAUCUCAUCUUGCCAAGGUUUCACCUGGCAUUUCUCGAGUUUUCGCUCCUUUAAAUCAAUUUGAGUUACCAUUAGCUCUCAAUUCAGAUGCAAACAGAGAAUUUGCCUUCCAAAUGCUUGCAGCAUUCAGAUGUGGUGUAGCUUAUACCUCCGAAUACAUUACUUCUCCAUUUUUGGCUGCAGAUGUCAAAGAAAACUUUGUCAGGAUUCCAGUUUUACCUUCGAAAUCAGCUCCAUUAUCAUUCAAGAUAAUUCCUCCAACAAUUGAUGGCCAUCUUCGAAAACAAGCAAUGCAAUGCGUUGUUAAAUUUGUAAAUUGGAAUCCGAAAACGAACAGAUUGUCACAUCUCCAUAGGAUAAUCAGUGAAGAAUUUGAUAUAUCCUCCAAAUUAGAAGACGUUCUUGCUGGCGUAUAUCCGAAUUUGUUAUUUAUGCAAUGGAUCAGAGAGGUUGAGUCACUUAAUCCUGGACAAAUGGUUCCUGAAAUUAUGAACAGACUCAAAGAAAUUGUUCCACAUAUAAAUGCAGCGCAAAACCUCAAACCAAUUAUUUCUAUGGCAUUUAUUGCAAAAAGUCAUCCAGCUCUUUCAACAGCCUUUUGGGAUAGACUUUCUAUGUGCUCACAGCUAUGUUUGUCCUCUCCAAAGAGCGCAUUAGCUAUUUUUUCUUUUGUAGUUGAAGUUUGGGACAGAAGCGAUAACAUGCUAUUUAGUGGUCUUUCAGUUGAUGACUCUAAAAGAAAAAAAGAAUACGUUUAUGUCCUAAAAAGCUUCCCAAGCGUUUUCAUUUUAACUGAUGAAGGAGAAUACCCGAUUCAACCUUCCUCUAAGAUGGAAGCAUCAAUAAAGAAGUUCCAGGAGGACUGUAUGCCAAUUCCUGUGAGAAUUGUUCAAAGUCAAAUUGAUUCUCUCAAAGAUUUGCUUUCAGUUGACGAAGAAGAGGGUCUUCAAGGUUUUCUUGAGUCUGUUGGAUUGGAAUCCUUAUAA